AUGGCCCACUCCUACCAAGUCUAUGGUAGGGGGGUGGGAUUAUCCGGGAUCACUGAUCUAUCAAAAUGUGAGGUACAGGUGGACUGGGGCGUCACUGACACUGGUGCAUGGCUCGAGGGGGAGCAGAACAGUGAUAACGCACCUUACGAGCUGUCUGCGCCGUCCGCGACGACCCCUACAACCUUCUCCACGGCCACUCCUGCACCUGCCGCACUUACUACAACACCACCCGCAGAAGAGCCACCCGCGAGCGCCAAGAUGCUCCCGAUAGAGCCCCCCGCAGACCUUCUACAACCCAUUGAGCUGCCCAACCAAGAGCCGUCCGACGAGCCGCCGUCCAUCGAGCCGCCGCGCGAGAUAGCCGAGGUCCCGCCGCCGAAUGAGGGUCGCCCCCAGCGCAAUCGCAAGCCGACACAAUGGCUAAAGGACUUGCAGAGCGGCACGGGGACGACUGGUGGAAGAGGAGCCCAGCGCGUCCCGCCCUCCAUCGGAGGAGAGACAGUGAAGACCGCGCUGGAGCCCGAGGACGAGGAGGAGCUUGAGGGGGAGUGGUCCGCACUUGAUGGUGAGCCGAUCUUCGCGUUGGCUAAGGCUGUUCGAGACUCCGGAUCACUUUGCAGAUCGACCCGCAAUUACCCGGAGUCGUGCGUCGCGGUUCGUGAUCCACACGGCUCCGACUCAGUGCGGAUCCGGCUCGGCGAGGUUCCGAAUCAGGCUGGCCAGAUUUCUCGUGAUCUGCGGGUCAUCCGCGGGUAG